AUGAGCUCAACGGAGCAAAGCCAACUCAUAGAUGCACAGACAACUACCACUCCAAAGGUAGAAGAAAUCGGCGCUACCAGCGGACCUCUGAAAAGCGCGGCAUUUUUCAUCGGGGCUCAUUGCAAGGAGUACAAUGAGGAUUUCAUGCUAUGCAAGGCGGAGAACAGGGAUCCAGCUCAUUGCUUGAAGGAGGGAAGGAGAGUGACGAGAUGUGCUGCUGACCUUGUGCGCUCACGAAAAUGCGAGAGAACUGUGCGAAAGCAAUUCGAGACUCACUGGAACUGCCUGGAGCGAAAUAACCAGGAAUUCUACAUGUGUCGCAAACCCGAACGAGCACUGAACGCCUGCAUGUUUGAGAAGCUGGGCUUGCUCAAGACCAUUCCCGGAACGCCAGAGGGCAAGAAGCCGAUACACGAAGUAGAAAAUCCCGUUUACACGGGCGUCCAAAAGUGA